AUGCACUUGGAGUGCAAUGUUAAUACGUAUAAUGCGAUAUUAAUAUUAAUAACGUUGCAUCGAGUGCAAGUGCAAGUGCAUCUAAGAUACUGUAAGAAACACGAGCCACGUCUGUCGCUAACUGUACUUGGAAAACGGUUUUCUUUCACUCGAAUCAGGGACUUUGUCCACGAGGACGAAGAGUACGACGAGGACGACGAGGACGACGAAGACCUCGAGGAGGAUGAUGAUGUUAUGGUGAACGACAAUCGAGUUGGGAUCGAGCUGGAGGAUCGGCUGAUGGUUUUCGGCGAUUCCGCGUGCAACUAUGCCACGUCGUUGGACUACAGGAACACGAUUGACUUGCGGGAGAUCGGCGUCGAAUCGAAAAGGGACACGUUGUUGGACCUGAAGUCUGGCCAGGCGGCCGUGUCGAGUUCGUUUCGUCUGCUGCAGACCAAGUUAAAUAUAGCCGGCAGUAUGGCGCACGGUCGCAACAACAUGGUCGCCGAUCAUCAUCACCGUCAUUACCACCAUCAUCAGUUGCAGCAGCAGCAGCAGCAGCAGCACCAGCACCAGCAGCAGCAGCAGCAGCAGCACCAGCUCCACGGAUACGAGCAGCACGAGCAGCACGAGCGUCAAGGGUGGAGCAACGAGGAGUGCUUUAAUUUUAGAUUCACGGAUAAAUCUCAAAGCGCGCCCAGUCUGCCUAGCAGCGUCGACGAGUCCGCACAAGGUCCACGCUCGUUCACCUCGUUCGCUCGUUCGUCGUCGAGAGUGGCCUGCUUCGUUUCCACGUCCAGUCUGUUCGAGAAUUACACGAGGGUCGCCAGCGUGCCCGUCGAUUUGAAUCUCUGCGGCGUCCACGCGACGCACGAUGAUACCUGUCGCCGCUCGCCAGUGAGUUCGCACGAGCACCACGAAAUGGCGGAAGCCGCCUCGGUCGUUCAGGGUAAGAAGAAACGGCUGGAGAGCGCGGAGGAAGAAAUUCGUCAGAACGGCGGCGAGGAGGGCGAAGGAGGACAGGCGAAGAAGAAGAACUCGUUGACGAGCUCCGUGAGAACGCAAGCCGCGCAGAACGUUGCGGAGAGGAUGGCGGAGGACGGCAAGAGGAUGGAGAGCGAGAAAGCAGCGGAAGAGCAGCAGCAGAAGGAGGACAAGGAGGAGCGCUGCGUAGGAGAGCACUGUCCAACGCCGCGAGAAAGGAAGCAACUGGUCUCGACGGUGAAGACGCAGGAUCGCGGCAACUGCGUGCUCGACAUGGCGAUCGCCAUGGAGAACGACGUCGACUCGGUGGACGCAGCGAUCAAGCAAUUGAAGCGCGAGGUGGUCGACGAGGAGGUCACCUCGAACAGCAGCAGCGCCGGAACGUUGUCUGGUAUCGAGGGUAUCCAGAGAACUCCGUCCGGCAGGCAGCGGCCUUGGAAAAUGAAGAACAACGCUAGCUACGAGUUGGCUCAGCAGUUCGAGGUCGACGAGAAGAACUUCAGGCCGAUCAGACAUCGCAAGAACAUCGCGGGCAACGAUAAUGAAAACGUCGGUGGUGGUGAAAAGUCGCUGAGAAGCGGACGGAAACGAGUGUUGAACAACGCCAGUUACGAGCUGGCUCAACAGUGCGAUUACAUCAAGGCUCUGCAAUCCUCUCGAGGUGCAUUCAAACGAAUGGACGCUUGCGACGAGCUGGAGGAGUCGAUCUCCGGGCGAUCCUCGCGACUCAGAGUUUCCGACAUGGUGCAGCAAAUGAGCAGUAGCUCGACGUCGAAUCUGCCUAGCUACAACGAGCCGUACGUGGACCUCAGGAGAUACUCCAAGUCCACGGAGAACCUUUCGACGCAGUUCUCGAUAGCCCCGUUCACCAGGGUGCCGAUCAACCAGCUGGGCCAGCGGCUCAAGAAACAGGAGGAGGAAACAUUCUUCAGCCAGAUAAAAAAAAACUCGGAUCCAUUUUCAGCCUAUGGAGACGAUUCUAAUGUGCGUGCCUUAGUAGACGAGGAAAUAGAUUUACCCUGCUUGGAAACCAAACCCAUAGGAACUUCCAGCCUGGAGGGGGGCGUACUACGCGAACGGGUGACGAGCGCCCAGAAACCUCAGGAACCAUUAACCCCGGAAUGCUUGAAAAAUGUUGAUUCAAACGCUUCGCACAAAGCCGCGAUUACAGACGCGGAUCGAGACGCAACGAACGAGACGAGCUGUUCGAAGAGGUCGUUCAUCGGUGAUUUCUAUCCGGAAAAAAUCUUGCGGUUGCAGCGACAGAUGGAGGAGGAUCGUCGCGAGAUGGACGGAAGCGGUAGCAAAAACGAAAGUUCCUCGUCGAUUCGAUCAUCAUCGUCGCCGUCGUCGCCGUCGUCGUCGUCAUCGUCGUCGAGUAGAUCGUCGGCGUACGAUAGAAACGGUGGAGAACUGCUGUGGAGGGUCAUAGUGGAAAAACAGGCCGCAGAGAAAGAGGAGGAGAAGGAGGAGGAGGAGAAGAAGAACGAGAGAGAGCAAGAACCAAGGAGGGAGAAGGAGGAGGAGGAGGAGGAGGAGGCGGCAACGGAAGCAGCGAGGGGACAUACUGUCCACGGUGUUCGUUGCCCCCCACUCGGCAGUAGCAGCAGCAGCAACAGCGACGGCCUGGAACCCAGUGAACGGAGUGGGAAUCCAGCGGUGGCCGUGGCAGUUGAUACGAAUCAUCGCGGUGAUCGCGACAAACGUCACGAGGAGAACGCGGCGGUAGCAACGACAACAACAACAACAACAACAACAACUGCGCCGGUUAGGAUAGUAGACGACGACGACAGACACGACGGCCACGCGACCAUGUCGGCCACGACGACCACAACGAAACCGCGGCCGUUCGUCGCGGCGACCGUCCCCAAGAACGAGCCAUCCGCCGCGAGAUUCCAGCGGAACAUGGUUGUCGACGCGUCGUCCGCGACCACCGUGAAGGAGGAACGGAAAAAGGGUGGACUCGGUGGUUUCCUUCAACGAUUCUCGCGGCUUCGAUUCAGUGGUAGGUCGAAAGUGCCGCGGUCCGAGGUGCAGAAGAAAAGUGACACGAUCGGCCAAGUGAACCGCGCCAAGGUGAACACCGAACAGCCAAAGGUUAAAAAGGAGCCGGACUACAUCAUCAUUCCGUUGCAUCCUCCCGAAGAGGAGAGACACAGGCAGGAGCAGAACGCCGCUGGCAAUGACAGGACCGUUCAACCGAGUUCCUCCAUUAUAAGGUUAGUAUUUCCAUCGAUCGUCGAUCGUGGAAACGCUCUCUUUGUUCCCUGUUCGCACGUUGAUCGCGUUGACUUUGACCUAAGGUAA